GCAGCGCUGACUCGUGACUGUAAUGGCGCUUGUGAUCUGCUGAAAACGACUCAUUGAAACAGUACAUAGUAUUACCAUGGCAACCACUGUUCCUGAACAGUCUCCAUCAUUGGAUAACCCCCCAGCUAAGAAAAUAAAAAUGGAAGUGACAAAUGAGAUAAAUAGUAAUGAAUUACCAAACAAGCAGACAGAAGAAACUCCUAAAGUGGUUUCAAAUGGUGACACGUCUCCAAAGGAAGUGGUAGAAAAGGCAUCCUCUGUGGUUGAUAAACCUGUUGAAGAAAAAAAAGUUGUUGAGAACAACAUACCAAAAGAAAGUACAGCAUCUCCUGAAACAGUUGCUAUAGUGACAAACGGGGAAAGCAAAGAAGAAAAUAAAACUGACAUUGAACCUGUUGAGAAACUGGAAACAAAGGAAACUAAAGAAGAUGGAGAUGAGAAAAAUAAUGAAGCAAAGAUGGAUAAUAAUUUGGAGAAAAAAGAUAAUUUGGAGAAGAUAGACAAUUUAGAGAAAAAAGAAAAUUUAGAAGAGGAUAAUUUAGAGAAAAAAGACAGCUUAGAGACAACAGAUAGUUUAGAGAAAGAUGGUGAUGCUGAGAAUAGCGAGGAGUCAUUUGAUCCAAUUGCAAUGAUGGAAUGGAAAGAUGGAAUUGCUACACUUCCUGGAAGCAACUUACAGUUCAAAAUGAAUGAGUUCGGUGUUUUGGAGAUCGUCAGCACUGUUGAAACCGAGAAUGGUGGUGAGUCUGUGAUGACAGUUGGAGACAAGAGCAAAACAUUACCGCCCACAUCAUCACCGCCGCCACCAACACCAUCAGAAGACCCAACACCACAGUCACAGCUGCUGACCACUACUAGCCAACCAAUGACAAUCAGUAUGCCAGCCACGCCCACAUCUUCUACUACACAUAUUGUAUCAACAACGCAGUCGAAAACUACUUUUAUUAUUAAAUCUGGUGAUGAGCGUAUCUGUUGUUGUGAGCAGUGUGGUCGGUAUGGAUUAGCUUCUGAAUUCUGUAAAUCUGGUCGAUUCUGCAGUCAGUCAUGCGUGGGAGCAUUUGCUAACAAACAAGGUAUUGUAAAGAAAGGAACUGAGAAGAAACCUAUUCAUAUCAUACAGUUGAAGAAAGCUAAGAAAAGAAAAAUAGGACAAAAAGGAGAAGACGAGGAACGUCAUGGUGAUUUAAAAUUAAAGAUCCGUGUCAGUCGAGAUGGAAAAGACGAGGACUACAGAAUAGGAAGCGAUAAAGUACCAACAAAAUACACUAAAAAAAAAGGAUUUUCCUGGUCAACUUACAUAGAACAAGAGAAAGCCAUUAUUGCUCCCACCAAACUCUUUAAAGAGGUAAGUCCAUUUCCCUGCAGUAAAAAUGGUUUCAAACAAGGUAUGAAGCUAGAGGGGAUAGAUCCCAAACAUCCGUCCAUGUUCUGUGUACUAAGUGUAGCUGAAACACGUGGUUAUCGUGUGCGGUUACACUUCGAUGGCUACUCAGAGUGCUAUGACUUCUGGGUAAACGCUGACUCUCCGGACAUUCGGUUUACAAGUGAGACGUUCAACUGGGGAAGUUAUCUGAAAUUGUCUAAAGCCCAAGCUGCUCCGAAACAUGUAUUCAGAAAUACUAAGUUUGACUCUGUCACACCACAUGGUUUUCGAAAAGGAAUGAAAUUGGAAGCUGUUGAUCAAAAGAAUCCAAUGUUGAUAUGUGUUGCCACCAUUGCAGAUGUCAUGGAUAAUCGUUUUCUUGUACACUUUGAUGCUUGGGAUGAUUCGUACGACUACUGGGCUGAUCCAUCCUCCCCUUAUUUACAUCCAGUGGGGUGGUGUCAGGAAAACGGAAAAGUUUUAACACCUCCCAAUGAUCAUCCAGAUCCAGAGAAUUUCUCGUGGAUGGACUACUUGAAUAAAACUAAAUCUGUUCAAGUUCCUGCCAGAGCGUUUAAGCCGAGACAACCAGCUGGCUUUCAAGUUGGUAUGCGAUUGGAAACCGUAGAUAAACGUAAUCCUACUUUAAUUCGUGUAGCGACAAUUACCGAGGUGGACAACCUACGUAUGCGACUACACUUUGAUGGAUGGUCAGAUGAGUAUGACUAUUAUGUUGAUGAUGAUAGUUGUGAUAUCCAUCCCCCUACUUGGUGUGUGAAAACAGGACAUCCUUUGCAACCUCCAAUCAAUCCAGUUGACUUACUUGUAACACCGGGCCAAUCUGGUUGUCCUACGCCAGGAUGUAAAGGUAUUGGCCAUAUUAAAGGUGCUAAGUAUACAGGACAUCAUAGUGCUUUCGGUUGCCCCUACUCACAAUGCAAUAUGAACAAAGACUCGGCAUUGCCCGACAGACUGGGAGGUAAUCCUAAAAACGCUGCAGCAGCAGCAGCAGUGGCGGCGGCAGCAGCUGCUAACGAAAACUUAGCAGAUAAAAAACCAAUAUUCCUACCAAUACCCCAGUCACCUGAACUCAAGAAAUGUCCAACACCAGGUUGUGAUGGAUCAGGUCAUGUGACUGGUAAAUAUACAGCGCACCAUAGAGUGUCAGGAUGCCCUCUCGCGGAGAAAAACAUGAGUAAAAUAAAAUUAAAUUUCACAGAAAAUGACGAACCCACUUUAUUUUUUAACACGCAAAGUAUCGCCCUAGGAAGAGGACGAAGACCGAAAUUUAAAAUUAGACACCACAGAGAUAAAAUGAUGAGAUCUUCAGAUGGAAAAAUACACCAUGAACAUCAGUCAAAAGACGGGUCUCCAAGCAAUCUACACAAUCAACUUCACCAAUCUGUAUUUAUGUCUGCAAUGACUCCCUAUCCUGCUAAAGAUUUACCACUUUGUUGGGAACAGCAUUCUAAACUGUUACCUGGGGUGUCUGAUAUAACAGCCAGUGAAGUCUCUAAGUGGUCUACGGAUCAAGUGUCAGAGUUUGUGAAAAAAUUACCAGGAUGUGAAGAACAUGCACAGAAGUUUGCAGAAGAGCAAAUCGACGGUGAAGCAUUCUUACUACUGACCCAGACAGAUAUUGUGAAGAUAAUGAGUAUCAAACUUGGACCUGCGUUAAAAAUUUACAACGCCAUACUUAUAUUAAAAAGCUCCGAUGACACAGUAUGA